AUAUUGAUAUAUCAAUAACAUCCCUAACACAAACACAUUUCCGAAAAUUCAUUCAGUAAAAUCUUAAAUUUUACGUCAAGAAAUCACGUCAAAGAGUUUUUGUUUAGGCUGUGGUUUAUUUUUAUUGUCGUAUGUCCAUCCAGAAUUUAAACACUCGUGACCCCUUUGCUGAUGCAAUCAAGGGCAAUGAUGAUGACAUUCAAGACGGGCUUGUGCACAUAAGAAUCCAGCAGAGGAACGGUCGCAAGACGCUUACCACUGUCCAGGGCCUGUCCGCGGAGUAUGACUUGAAGAAAAUAGUCCGCUCCUGUAAAAAGGAAUUUGCCUGCAAUGGAACUGUGAUCGAGCAUCCGGAGUAUGGUGAAGUUCUGCAGCUGCAGGGCGAUCAACGUGAGAACAUCUGUCAAUGGUUGACUAAGGUUGGAUUAGCCAAACCCGACCAGCUGAAGGUGCACGGCUUUUAAGCGGAUGCCAAGGAACAACAAAUAUUUCAUUCUUAAGCUACAUUCAACUUGCAGAAGUUCUUCUUCGUUUAAAUUAUCUAAAAACAAUCUUGAUAGAACAUUAACACAAAGACAGAAGCAAUAGACCAUUAAUUGAGAAAGAUGUUAUAAAUAAAUUAAAUGUUCAAUUUAAAUAAA